AGAGGCUGCUGUUGAAGUGCUGGUCACAUCGACACCUCCUUCAUACAGCUGCUUCAACAUGGCCGUGUUCUUUCAUUCUGCUCAAUCGGACGUCGCCUAUGAAGUCGGUGAAUAUCAGCAGUUCCCCAGACCGGAGCCGGAGCCGGUGGCUGCUGCUGCUGCUGCUGCUGCUCCAAAGAGACCUCCCAGAUCCAACUCCAGACAUCUAUUGGCGGUUCUGCUGAGCUUUGGGAUACUGUGUGUCCUCCAGGCAGUUCUCAACAUCUUGCUGAGAGUCGGUCUGAGUGGGUCCACUGAGAAAGGCGUGUCGACAGAGGAAGAGGCCUGUCCACAGGGCUGGCGUCAGCUCGGCUCCAGCUGCUACUACGUCUCCUCACAGCGCAGGAACUGGGACGGCAGCCGCCAGGACUGUCUGCGGAGAGACGCUGACCUGGUGGUCAUCAACAGCCGGCAGGAACAGGAUUUCCUGGCUGGUUUCGCCAUGGCUGCAUGGGUCGGCAUGACUGACAGACAGGAGGAAGGAAGCUGGAUUUGGGUGGAUGGAACACCAGUAGACAAAGACGGCAGGCUGCUGUGGGCCCCUGGACAGCCAGAUGAUGCAUAUGGAGGAGAAGACUGUGGUGACCUCCGAGCAAUGGAGAUGUUCGUGGGUUUGAACGACUUCAACUGUAGCGCAAGAGUUCGGUGGAUUUGUGAGAAGCUGUUAGGAUAGCUGUGGGAAUGUACCUACUGCUAACUGUUCUCCACUUAGCACGCUUUAAAAUGCUUUGGUAGCCAUGACGACAUCGUUUGAGAUCAUGAUGAGUCAGAUUCAUUCAGGUCUGAAGGAGACUCUCCUGAGACUCUGCACAGCUUUGUUCACCAUGUGGUCAGUUUUUUAUGAUGUUUUGAAAUGAAGCAAAUACAAAGAAUGCAGCAAACGAGCAUGAAAAAUGUUCCUCUUCACAUGUAGCUGUUAUUUUAUAGGUCAGAUAUAUUAUAUACCCUCGAAAACAGAGUAUCGGCCCAAUUGAACGGGCCGUUACUGGUAUAACGCUGGCCAGAACCCUGAUACUUGAUCACGGUUGAAUAAACAGUGGAACACG